CGACUCUCCAACCUUCUCAAGAUGAUGGAAAUGGUCAGCGUGGGCAUGUUUGAGUACGACAAGGAAGGACGCCUCGUCUACGGGAACAAGGCUUUCCACAAUCUCUCUGGCCUUCCUCACGACGAAGACACACCUAUGGCAUGGGGAAACUAUGUACUUGAAGAAGACAAGCUUUGGCUCACCGACGUCUGGCAACGUCUCACCAACGGCCAGUCUGACACAUUCGACAUGCGAUGGGUCGGCUCCAAUCCCGCAGAAAACCCUGGAGGUCAGUGGGUCUCGGCUGCGUGCGUGCCUACCACCGAUGAUGCAGGAAAUGUCAUCACAGUGAGCGGAUGCAUUACGGACAUCUCGGCGCAGAAGAGGAGCCACCAAGACGCGGUCAAGAGAGCUGAGGCAUUAGAACGUGCGGCAGCGAGCGAGAAGAGGUUUGCGAAUUUUAUCAAGCAUAGCAAUGUUGCAUUCUAUACAUUUAAUGUGGAUCGGUCGAUGGCGUAUUGCAAUCGAGAAUGGUUUGAGCUCAGCGGCCAUCCUGAAGUACCUUUUGAUGAGAUCGACUGGAGUGCGUUCAUCAAUGCGGAGAAUCUUGCGAUUGUGAGCAAGAACUGGGACACGAUGAUUGCGACGAAGCAGCCAACCAAAUUUCAAUUCGAUCUUAACAGAACUUGGAGUGAUGGCCAGGGCCGUGAAAUGAGAGCAAGCGUGCUGAGCUGUUCGUAUCCUGAACUGGGAGAGGAUGGCAGUGUGGUGGCUGUGGCCGGCACGCUGACCGAUAUCACUUAUUUGAAGUGGGCGGAGAAAUUGCAGAAGCAGAGGACUGAUGAGGCAGUGGAGGCGAAGAGGCAGCACGAGGCUUUUAUUGAUAUCACUUGUCAUGAGAUAAGAAAUCCCCUCGGAGCGGUCGUCCACUGCGCUGAUCUCAUCAGCUCCAAUCUCACAGAUAUGAAAGCUUUGGCCGAAUCAGCUUCGUCAUCUCCAUCAAGUAUCAUCGCAUUGCAGGAGCAGUGUGCGGCUGCUCUCGAUAGUGUGGGUAUCAUAACAUCCUGCUGUGCCCAUCAACGGCGGAUCGUGGACGACAUUCUCACUCUCUCCAAGCUUGACUCAAAACUUCUCACCAUCGCGCCCUCGCUCACAGACUUGGACAAUAUGCUCACGGAAUUACAAAAGAUGUUCGAAGCGGACACCCGGAAGUUCGACGUGCAGCUGCGACUUGAGAAAGAUCUAGGGGACGUACAAUGGGCCAUUCUGGACACGGGACGCUUGAUGCAGGUCCUCAUCAACCUAUUGACGAACGCUAUGAAGUUCACGCAAAAGGAAGCAGAACGUAUUGUGACGAUUGGUGUCGGAGUAUCCAACUCACGCCCUUCGGAGCAAGAUCUGGACGUGGACUUCAUCCCUGCCGGAAUUGCCAGAGAGCGAUCAUAUGCCGGUACUGGGAGCGGUAGGGAGAUCUUCUUACACUUCACUGUCCUCGAUACAGGAUGCGGAUUCGACGAGGAGCAGAAGGGCCGCAUCUUUGAGCGGUUCUCGCAGGCUUCACCACGAACACACUCGAAAUAUGGAGGUUCAGGUCUGGGCCUUUUCAUCAGUCGGGAGAUGAUUGAGCUGCAAGGUGGCGAGAUUGGUGUCAGCUCGAAGCCGGGUUGUGGAGCGAAGUUUUCUUUCUACAUCUCCGCGAGAACGGCGAAUGCUCCGGCGGCCAGCAAUGCUACUGAGGCUGUGGUGAAGCAAAGAAUCAAGGAGCACGGCGGAGUGAAGUUUUGCAUCCUGGUCGUGGAGGACAACCUGGUGAAUCAAAAAGUGUUGAGGAUGCAAUUGCAGAAAUUGGGACAUGAGGUUCAUGUCGUCAACCAUGGCGGUGAGGCACUUGAAUUUCUCAAGAGGACAACGAGCUGCGAAGGAAAUGAGAGCAGUCCGAUCAGGCUUUCUGUUGUGCUAAUGGACAUCGAAAUGCCAGUCAUGAACGGUCUGGAAUGCACGCAGAAAAUCCGAGAGGCCGAAAGCGAUGGGUGGCUCAGUGGACGUCUGCCCAUCAUUGCUGUUUCCGCGAAUGCGAGAGAUCAGCAGCUGCGCAGUGCGAUGGAUCAUGGAGUGGACGAUGCCAUUACGAAGCCAUUUCGUGUGGCGGAUUUGCUGCCGAAGAUCGAGAGGCUGGUG